GGCUGGGCGAGAGUGCAGUUGGCCCCCGGGCUCGCCGACCCCGCCUCGCCGCACCUCCGGCUUGCUGCCGCGCGGGGGCCUGCGCCGCCCCAGCCUCCCCUUCCGGGCCAUGGUGCAACCCCAGGGCGCGUCUGUCCCCCGCCGCCGCUGACCCCGGUCCCCCACUCCAUGGCCGCCUCGGCGCCGCCCCCACCGGACAAGCUGGAGGGAGGUGGCGGCCCCGCACCGCCCCCUGCGCCACCCAGCACCGGGAGGAAGCAGGGCAAGGCCGGUCUGCAAAUGAAGAGCCCAGAAAAGAAGCGAAGGAAGUCAAAUACUCAGGGCCCUGCAUACUCACAUCUGACGGAGUUUGCGCCACCCCCGACUCCCAUGGUCGAUCACCUGGUCGCAUCCAACCCUUUUGAGGAUGACUUCGGAGCCCCUAAGGUGGGGGGUGCAGCCCCUCCAUUCCUGGGCAGUCCUGUCCCCUUUGGGGGCUUCCGUGUACAGGGGGGCAUGGCAGGCCAGGUACCCCCAGGCUAUGGCACUGGGGGUGGAGGAGGCCCCCAGCCUCUUCGUCGACAGCCCCCCCCUUUCCCUCCCAACCCCAUGGGCCCUGCUUUCAACAUGCCCCCACAGGGCCCUGGCUACCCUCCCCCAGGCAACAUGAACUUUCCCAGCCAACCCUUCAACCAGCCUCUGGGUCAAAACUUUAGCCCGCCUGGUGGGCAGAUGAUGCCAGGCCCCGUGGGGGGAUUUGGCCCCAUGAUCUCACCCACCAUGGGACAGCCUCCCAGAGGGGAGCUGGGCCCCCCUUCUCUCCCUCAACGCUUUGCCCAGCCAGGGGCACCUUUUGGUCCUUCUCCUCUCCAGAGACCUGGUCAGGGCCUCCCCAGCUUGCCCCCCAACACAAGUCCCUUCCCUGGUCCGGACCCUGGCUUUCCUGGCCCUGGUGGUGAGGAUGGGGGGAAGCCCUUAAAUCCACCUGCUCCCACUGCUUUUCCCCAGGAGCCCCACUCAGGCUCCCCGGCUGCUGCUGUUAAUGGAAAUCAGCCCAGUUUUCCCCAAAACAGCAGUGGGCGGGGUGGGGGCACCCCAGAUGCCAAUAGCCUGGCACCCCCUGGCAAGACAAGUGCGGGCUCAGGGCCCCAGCCUCCCCCAGGCCUGGUGUAUCCAUGUGGUGCCUGUCGGAGUGAGGUGAACGACGACCAAGAUGCCAUUCUGUGUGAGGCUUCCUGCCAGAAGUGGUUCCACCGCGAGUGCACGGGCAUGACUGAGAGCGCCUAUGGGUUGCUGACCACUGAGGCCUCUGCUGUCUGGGCCUGCGAUCUCUGCCUCAAGACCAAGGAGAUCCAGUCUGUCUACAUCCGCGAGGGCAUGGGGCAGCUGGUGGCUGCUAACGAUGGGUGAUGCUGGCGAGGUGCGCAGGAAGUGCAUACGUUCCUCCCUGCUCUUCCAGGGUGGUUGUUUUCCUGUCUGGCUCUUGGUCCUUGUUUCCACUGGCUUCCCAUCCCCAUGGGGCAGAAACACAAUGUCUCCUGGGGGCAGAAAAGGAACUGAGAUGGGCAGGCAGAAGAGCCUGGAUUGCUCACUUUUCUGGAAACUUACGUGUUGACAUCUACAGAGGUCCAGGAAACCAAAGCCCUGCCAAGCAGAGCCAUUUUUGGUGGCUGUCUUUGGAGGCCUAGGGGUGUGGCUGCAAGAGAAAAGAGGCUGGAGGAAGACCUGAAGGGCAGGGGUGUCUCCUCUACAGAUGAUGGAUACCCCCGACACCUGUGCCUAACACUCCUAUCUAGCCCCCCAGCCUUAGGUUUUGGAGUCCAGUAUUAAAGGUUUCUGGCCAGAGGAGUUGGGGGUCUCUUCCCAUCUCUGCAGUAGCCCUUUCAUGGGUGCUGGGAAACAGCUUUAGAGAAUAAAUGGAGAUUUUCCCCUUUUCUUACCUUCCCCUUGCCUCCUCCAAGACCUACCCAACUCCUCCCCCCUCAGAGAACCAAAUAGCUUGAAGAAGCAGGAGAGUACGUGGCUAUGGCCACGUGGCUUGGUGAUUUGGGGCUUCAAGACAGUAGGUAAGAGAUGCUGUCAGGACAUACCUUCCUCAUACCAAAGUCACUGGUCCUUUCUCAGACUCUCUUGUGCUUUUUCCCUAAUGACAAUAUUCUUGCUAAAAAUUGGGAUAUGUGGUCUGACAGAGCAGAAUAUUUCAUGUUUGGACUGUCCUGGAAGCCUGGACUCUGGCUGUACACCCCCCCAUCUGUUGCACAUUAUUCGCAGCGCUGGUCUUCAAUUUUUGGCGCCCUUACUUCCCUGCUUCCCUGGUUUGAUUGAAGGAAAGCUUGAAGAGGCGCAGAGCCCUUAUACCUCAUUUUUUCUCCUGAUGAAAGGAUCCCUGGCCCUGCCUGUGGGUGGGGAGGUGGCAGGACCCUUAUUGCCAUGGUACUAAAAUGCAAUCCAGAGCCUGGAUGUUUUUUGUUUCUCUCUUUCCCUGCUAUUCUUUAUAUCUUCUCCGGCCUGGUGAUCUAGCUGUUCUCAUUCCUCUCAGCCAGGGUCCUGCACUGGGCUUUGUUUUUAUUUUAUUUUGUAAGCACUGCCUGCCAGAGAUGGGCCAGCGGCCUGAGCAGGAGCCCCUCACAGCUGCUGUCUCUUCCUUACAGCUCGUGCACACAUUCCUCAGUGGGGUGGGGGAGGCAGGCUUGGGGUGUGGCCCUGAGAGGAGCUGGUGUUCCCCUGCCCCCACUUCUCCCGGGACCCUAGGGUGUGAAGAGAAGACAAAGGUAUACUGCAGAACUCUUGCCUGCCCAGGUGCAGCAUGCAGCCUCUGAGGCUGUGAGAAAGAAGGGAGAGGCCUCUGGGCCUCUCUCCAGUGUUCCCUGCCGCGGAACAGCAGAGAUGGCAGCCCCCCCCACCACCACUGCUGAGCUUUGUGUUGUGUUUGUGGUUCUGUUUGUCCCUCUUUUAUCGGUUGCUAUUUUUGUGGUCUCCCCCAUCUCUGCAUUUGGUAAGAUGGCUCUUGCAGGGGGGUGGGCGUGUCAGCUCAGUCCCUCUCUCCCUCUCAGUCCACUGCUUUUUGGAAGGAAGCGGGGGUGGCAGAGACGUGGUGGGGAAAGUUUUGUACGGUUGGGUUAAUAAAAUGACUUGGAAAAUCCAGA